CUGCGGAGUCCGGAGUCUGGGGGUUCUGCGUCUGGAGGUACGAGGUCUGGGAGUCCUGCACCUGGAGGAGCCCUCUCCUCGGAGCAGCUACGUGCGUGGUACUUAGAGUACUGCAGCCUCCGGAGAGGUACCGCUCGAGCCGGACGUCCUACUGGGACUGGUGCUAGUACUUCUUCUCCCGUUCGGGAGCUCCCCUCCCGCGAGCGGAUCCGUGAGUGGUACGAGCGGCGCUGCACUCUUCGGAGUGGCGUGCCUCGUGUUACGAACCCCGCUGCUGUUGGAGCUGCUGCUGGUGCUGAGGACCCGGGCGUUGGAGCUGCUGCUGGUGCUGAGGACCCGGGCGUUGGAGCUGCUGCUGGUGCUGAGGACCCGGGCGUUGGAGCCGCUGCUGGUGCUGAGGACCCGGGCGCUGGAGCUGCUGCUGGUGCUGAGGACCCAGGCGUUGGAGCUACUGCUGGUGCUGAGGACCCGGGCGUUGGAGCUACCGCUGGUGCUGAGGACGUGGACGCUGGAGCUGCUGCUGGUGCUGCCGACCCUGGUGCGGGUGUCCCUGCUGGCUCUGGUGUCGCUGCUCGGUCUCAGCCGUACUUUGUUCCGCUCCUUCAGCAGGUUCUUGGUCAGCUUCCUCCUCCUUUUCCUCCUCCCUCCUUAGAGUGUCCUCCGCCUGUCCAGCUGCAGUCGGCGUUACCGUCUGCCUCCUCUCUCCUUGGUCCUGCUCCUUACACUGGUCCGACUGGAGGUCUUACUGAGCGGCGUGAGCCUGCGUCUCGUCCUGCGUCGCCUGAGUCUCGUCCUGGGUCGCCUGUCCGCACUGCUCUCUCUAGUCAUCGAGUCCAGCGUCAGCGUCUUCCUGCUGUCCCAGGCACUCACCGGAUGGCGCUUCGUCCGUCCACUGCUCCACAGCGUGUCCCACUGCCGUCUCCUCCUGCUUCCUCUCUUCCUGCUCUUCCUGACCCUGGGUCAGACUCUCUUCGUGCUACCAGUCCUGCUGUCACGCGUCUCCUGGCCACUGUUGUCACUGACCCUUCCUUUGAGUCUGCUGCUGCGUCUGCCUUAGUUGCUGAGCUUGUCGACUUUGCUGCUCGCUGUCGUCUAGACUACGCUGCUAGCCUAGUUGCUGAGUCUGAGUCUGCAGGAGGAGUUCCAGUGCUUUGCUGCCGCUUUGCCCCAUCUCGUGUCCAUGCUUGUUGCCCCUGA